AUGUACAAGUUUGUUUGUCUCUUGGUGGUAAUAUCAUAUGCGGCGGCAGAAGCUCCGUCACGUGCAGAACGUGAUGAAAUUCUUGAACUGCACACAAAACUACGCGAACGAGUAAAGCCGACAGCUCGUGACAUGCUCAAGUUGGUAUACUGCCCCAUGGUUGAGAGAUUAGCGGAGAAAUGGGUGUCGCAAUGCACACUUGAAGCGCCAGAUGCGUCAGCUGAUCCGGAUUACGCACGUGUUGGGCUGAACUACGAAAAGGUAGUGGGCAAAAAGCCCACUUUGACGAAAAUAGUUCGCAGGUGGAUCAAAGAACGAAAAAAUUAUGUCUAUGCCAAUAACACCUGCACUGGCAAUUGCGACCAUUACACUAGGAUGGUGUGGGGAUGGACAAAUCUACUGGGCUGUGCAAUAAAUCGCUGUGACAACCUACAGACGACUCCGCGCAAACCGGUUCAUCUCGUGGCUUGUAUGUACAAAGCAAGGUGA